UAUUAUCGAUACAUUCAACGGAACAAAAAGCAGCUGAAAUAAAGGAAAUAAAUAAAGCGGCGGAAAAAUGUCAAUGAUAUUAAGGCGAAAUUUAAAAGCAUCUUGGGUGCUAAAAGCUUGUUACAGUUCCAGUUCACAAUCAGGGGACUCUGCCAAGACAAUACCCAAGAAUUUGCUCGAGGACAAGCAAACAGCCGUUCUGCAAAAGGAGAAUGGUGCUAUCUUUGACAAGCGACCCUUCAAGAUCCACCUGGACAAAGAUAAAACCUACAGCUGGUGCCUGUGCGGCAAGUCCAAAUCUCAGCCCCUAUGCGACGGUAUGCACAAGAACGAAUUCCUCAAGAUCAAGGAGAGGCCCAUACGUUUCAAGGUGGAAAAGUCGGGGGACUAUUGGCUGUGCAACUGCAAACAGACCACCCAUAGACCCUUUUGCGACGGAACCCACAAGCAGCCGCACAUCCAGUCAGCCGUUAAAUAGUUUUAGGAUUCGUUGAAGUACUCGUGUGUGAGAAUGAGAAAUGCAUUAAUUUUGAAUCAA